AUGGUAAAAUCCUUAUAUGAUAAACUAAAUGAAACUGGAGUCGACAUAGUUAGUCUAAAUUUACCUGAUUCAUUCUGGAUUGCCUUAUGGAAACUAGACAUCUCCCAAAGGAUUAAACUUUUUCUUUGGAAAUGUCUUCAAAACUCCUUAUCUACAAACUCUAAGCUUUUUGGAAAGGUAAACGAUGUUGAUCCUUAUUAUACCAUGUGUGGAACUGAAAUAGAAACUACUGAAAACCUCUUGCUACAUUGUCCUUAUGCUAAAGAAAUAUGGAACUCAUCCCCAAACCCUAUCACCCUUAACAUAAAUAUUUCAAGUACUUUCCUGGAGCUCUGUAAGGAUUGGAUCAAGAACCCUAGAAAACAAAUUUCCCUAGAAUUGAUUCUUACUAAGAUGUGGUUUAUUUGGAAGGAAAAAUAUAACAGAGUUUUUGAAAACAAAGCUACAACAGUCAAGAAUCUAGCUAUGGAAAUACAAGGACAUGUAGCUUUCUGGGCACAGAGAAGUAACCUUCAGAAUAAAGCCAUAUAUCUAAAGAAGAACACUCUGAAACCUUUGUGGCAGGCACCUUCAAAAUACACUCUUAAGAUUAAUGUAUAUGCGGCAUGGAUUUCUGACAGUUUACCUUUCAGUUAUGCUUUAAUUCUAAGGGAUGAUACAGGAAUUUCAGGAGGAGGGAAAGCGGGACAAUCAACAACAACAGACCUACAAGAAGCGGAGGCUUUAGGAAUGAUGUAG